CUGACCAAGAAGAGGAAGCUCACCCUGAAUUCAAAUUUGGAAAUGAACUUUCUGCUGAUGACUUGGGUCACAAGGAAGCUGUUGCAAACAGCGUUAAGAAGGCCAGUGAUGACCUUGAACAUGAAAACAACAAAAAGGGCCUGGUCACUGUAGAAGAUGAACAGGCGUGGAUGGCAUCUUAUAAAUAUGUAGGUGCUACCACUAAUAUCCACCCGUAUUUGUCCACAAUGAUCAACUACGCACAGCCCGUAAAGUUUCAAGGUUUCCAUGUGGCUGAAGAACGCAACAUUCAUUACAACAUGUCUUCUUUUAAUGAAUCGGUGGGUCUUGGCUACUUGAAGACACAUGCGAUUGAAUUUGUAAAUUAUAACAAACGGCAAAUGAGUCGCAUUUACCCCAAGGGAGGCCGAGUAGAUUCCAGUAAUUACAUGCCUCAGAUUUUCUGGAACGCUGGCUGCCAGAUGGUUUCACUGAACUAUCAAACCCCAGAUUUAGCGAUGCAAUUGAAUCAGGGAAAAUUUGAGUAUAAUGGAUCGUGUGGGUACCUUCUCAAACCAGAUUUCAUGAGGCGGCCUGAUCGAACAUUUGAUCCCUUCUCUGAGACGCCUGUUGACGGGGUUAUUGCAGCUACGUGCUCAGUGCAGGUCAUAUCAGGUCAAUUUUUAUCAGAUAAGAAAAUUGGCACGUAUGUAGAAGUGGAUAUGUACGGACUGCCAACUGACACCAUACGUAAGGAAUUCCGAACUCGCAUGGUUAUGAAUAAUGGACUCAAUCCAGUUUACAAUGAAGAAUCAUUUGUGUUUCGGAAGCAUGCUGUUUCUUUGCGGCCACCUAGCAGAGAAUUAACAGCUCAUUGGUUUCUUUUUCCAGAUAUUGUGGAUGCUUUAUCAGAUCCAAAGAAAUUUCUUUCAAUUACAGAAAAAAGAGCAGACCAAAUGAGAGCUAUGGGCAUUGAAACUAGUGACAUAGCUGAUGUGCCUAGUGACACUUCCAAGAAUGACAAGAAAGGAAAGGCCAAUACUGCCAAAGCAAACAUGACCCCUCAGACUAGCUCUGAGCUGAGACCAACCACCACAGCUGCCCUGGCAUCUGGCAUGGAAACCAAGAAAGGUAUUGAACUUAUCCCUCAGGUGAGGAUAGAAGAUUUAAAGCAGAUGAAGGCUUACUUGAAGCAUUUAAAGAAACAACAGAAGGAGCUAAAUUCCUUAAAGAAGAAACAUGCAAAGGAGCACAGUACCAUGCAGAAGUUACAUUGCACGCAAGUUGACAAAAUCGUGGCGCAGUACGACAAAGAGAAGUCGACGCAUGAGAAGAUCCUAGAGAAGGCAAUGAAGAAGAAGGGGGGAAGUAAUUGUCUCGAAAUGAAAAAAGAAACAGAAAUUAAAAUUCAGACACUGACAUCAGAUCACAAAUCUAAGGUCAAAGAGAUUGUGGCACAACACACAAAGGAGUGGUCAGAGAUGAUCAACACCCACAGUGCUGAGGAGCAAGAAAUCCGGGACCUGCACCUGAGCCAGCAGUGCGAGCUGCUGAAAAAGCUACUAAUCAAUGCCCACGAGCAGCAGACCCAGCAGCUGAAACUGUCCCAUGACCGGGAAAGCAAGGAAAUGCGAGCACACCAGGCUAAGAUUUCUAUGGAAAACAGCAAAGCCAUUAGCCAAGAUAAAUCUAUCAAGAAUAAAGCAGAACGGGAGAGGCGAGUCAGGGAGUUAAACAGCUGCAACACUAAAAAGUUUCUGGAAGAAAGAAAGAGACUCGCAAUGAAGCAGUCCAAAGAAAUGGAUCAGUUGAAAAAAGUCCAGCUUGAACACCUAGAAUUCCUAGAGAAACAGAAUGAGCAGCUUUUGAAAUCCUGUCAUGCAGUGUCCCAAACGCAAGGCGAAGGAGGUGCAGCAGAUGGUGAAAUUGGAAGCCGAGAUGGACCGCAGACCAGCAACAGUAGUAUGAAACUCCAAAAUGCAAACUGACACAGCAAAACCACAAAGUAUCAGAAGAUCACUCCCAAACUUCCAAACACAAACGCCAUGGACGAAAGCUGUUUUCUUUUGUGUUUUAUGUGUAGACAAGAUGUUACCUGAAACCACAGAGACUUGGUAUGACUUACAUACUUCAGUUUAACAGUUUGAAUAUUGAAUUUCCUUGGCCAACCAAAAGUACCUACAAAUCCACAAAAAUUUACUAUUCAGUAAGACAGAGUUUCACCACUGAUAAUACAACUUAAACAUGCUAUCAAACACCAUCACAAGUCCAUGAGCUUGGUGUUAUCAACUCUGCUUUGUGAUGCAUUAGGACAUGUUUGAGCUGCAGCAAACACAGUGCAUUAGCAAUUUCACGGCAAGGGCAUGCAAUAGGAACAAACAAACAAACAAAAAACUCCCGCAAAUUCAUUAGCAGAAGUGGUGGUCUGCUAGAAAAAUAAUUUUGCAGAAUUUUUCUACAUCUAAGUUACCUCAUCAGUAAGUGCCAUGUCUCUACCAUGCCAUAAGAAGCUAAUUUCCUAUAAAAGUUGUGAAAAUUAUUAGAACAAUAGAAAAAUAGAACAGAACCGUGUACCUGUGCCAACACUCAUCAGUGCUCAAAGGGGAACCCUGUUAGGCACGUUUAAAAACGUUUACAUCUGAUGUUCCUUUAUAGGAAUUGCUUCUGCAAAUUCCAGAUAACUACAGUUCACUAUUACACUAUAAAGAUUGUGAAGUGCUUAUUGGAAAACGUUUUUAAAUGUGACCAUGUGUAACUUAUUUAUACUCCUUAAUUCACACUGUUAUAGAGCAAAAUCAUCCAAGUAUUGCCACAUGACAAGAUUAGUAAACAGGAAUACUAGCACUA